GUCAAACUGAACAGCAGAUUGUUUUGACAACCCAGUGCUGAUCACUGACAGUUUAUCUGCAGUAUGUCAGAAAAGCAAGGAAAGGACUCUCAGUCUGAGAUGAGUCUCUCACAGAAACAGAGUGUAAGAUCAGGCUCACAUGUGUCCAGCUCUGUGUCUGUGAAGAGUGACUGGUCAAAAGAUGAACCACCGGGCUUAAGUGAGAAAAAAGCAUCAUCUACCAAAAGGUUUCAAUAUGAGACAUCAGAUUCAGACGUCCAGACUCACAGGAACUACAAGAAUUUCAAAGACAAUCUUCUGUGGAUCUUCCAGAAUCUUGAAAGCAAAAUAAUUACAUUUCUGAAGAAUGAGCUGGAAAAGUUUAAGAAAAUAUUACAAGAAGACGAUGUACAAUACAUUGUGAAGGAUUUUAAUGAGAACAGAUGCAGUAUCAAAGAAGCAGCUCUUGAUCUCACACUCUACUUCCUGAGAGAGAUGAAGCAAGAUGAAGCUGCUGAUACUUUAGAAGAUGAGCUGUUCUUCAUUCAUCAGCUAAAAUGUAGCUUAAAGAAAAAGUAUCAAUGUGUUUUAGAAGGAAUUGCAAAGCAAGGUGACUCUACACUUCUGAAUAACAUCUACACAGAUCUCUAUAUCACUCAGGGUUGUAGUGAACAGGUCAAUACUGAACAUGAGGUAAGACAGAUUGAAGUUGCUUCCAGGCGUCAUGAAUCACAAGAAAUACAGGUUGAAUGCAAAAAUUUGUUUGAAGCACCUGAAGAAGACAAGCAGAUCAGAACUGUACUGACAAAAGGAGUUGCUGGCAUCGGAAAAUCAGUCUCUGUGCAGAAGUUUGUUCUGGAUUGGGCUGAAGGAAAAGAAAAUCAAGAUAUCAGCUUCAUAUUUCCUCUUCCAUUCAGAGAGAUGAACUUAAAGGACCAAGAAAAACUAAGUUUGAUGGACCUUAUAACUCAGUUUUUCCCUGAGACAAAAGAACUAAACCUUACAAGAAGGAACCAAAGAGUCUUGUUCAUUCUUGAUGGUCUGGAUGAAUUUCGUCUUCCUUUAAACUUUAUGGAAAAUGAGAUAUUGCAUGAUGUGUCUUCACCAUCAUCUCUGGAUGUUCUCCUAACGAACCUGAUCAAGGGAAAUCUGCUUCCUUCUGCUCUCAUCUGGAUCACCACCAGACCAGCAGCUGCCAGUAAGAUUCCUCCUGACUGUAUCGACCGGCUGACAGAGAUACGAGGAUUCAAUGAUGCACAAAAGGAGGAGUACUUCAGAAAAAGAUUCACAGAUGAGAAUCUGGCCAAAGAAAUCAUCGAACAUGUUAAACAAUCAAAGAGUCUCUUUAUCAUGUGCCACAUCCCAGUCUUCUGCUGGAUUUCAGCAACUGUUCUCCAGAACAUUUUAGAGGCAAAAAGAAAUAAUGAUGUGAAAAAUAAUCAGGCUGAAGACGCCUGCAAAAAAAAGCAGGAAUCUACUACUGAAGACACUCCUAAGACUCUGACACAAAUGUACUCACACUUUCUCAGAUUUCAGAUCCAGCAGAGCAGACGAAAGUAUGAUGGAAAAUAUACACCAGAUGUUUCCUGGGAUAAAGAUGCCAUCUUUUCACUUGGGAAACUGGCAUUUCAUCAGCUAGAAAAAAACAAUAUAAUCUUCUAUGAAUCAGACCUGGAAGCCUGUGGUAUUGAUGUCUAUAAGGCAUCAGUGUAUUCAGGCAUGUGUACCCAGAUCUUUAAGGAGGAAACAGGGAUUGUUCUUGGUAGCAUGUACUGCUUUGUUCACUUGAGCAUUCAAGAGUUUAUUGCAGCCCUUUAUGCACAUCUGUUUUUAGACAUAAAGAAGAAAAGUAUAUUUGUCCAUGAGUCUACAGAACAGGAAAACAAAAAUCAAACCAUGAUUGAUUUGCUCAAGACUGCAGUGGACAAGGCACUAGAGAGUGAUAAUGGACACCUGGAUCUUUUUCUUCGAUUCCUCCUUGGUUUGUCACUCCAGUCCAAUCAGCGACUCUUACAGGGUCUGUUAACACAGCAAAAUGAAAAUGACCAGAGCAAGAAGGAAAUAGUUCAGUACAUCAAGCAGAAAUUUGAAGCUAAUCUGCCUCCAGAGAGAUCCAUCAAUCUGUUCUACUGUCUGAAUGAACUGAACGACCAAACUCUGGUGAAAGACAUUCAGACCCACCUUAGCAAAGGAAGUCUCUCAUCUGCUGAUCUUUCUCCUGCCCAGUGGUCUGCUUUGGCCUUUGUGUUGUUGACAUCAACGGAGGAGCUGGAGGAGUUUGAGCUUCAGAAAUUCAAGAAAUCAGACGAGUGUCUUAUUAGAUUAUUGGGAGUCAUCAAAACCUCCAAAAGAGCUCUGCUAAAUGAUUGUGGCUUAACAGACAAAAGCUGUUCAGCUCUGGCUACAGUUCUUGGAUCAGAUACCAGUCUGAAAGAGCUGAACAUGAGCAAUAAUAAUCUGCAGGAUUCGGGAGUGAAGCUGCUCUGCACUGGACUGAAAAAUAUGAAGUGUCAUUUGGAGAUACUGAGGCUAAAUGAUUGUGGCUUAACAGACAAAAGCUGUUCAGCUCUGGCUACAGUUCUUGGAUCAGAUACCAGUCUGAAAGAGCUGAACAUGAGCAAUAAUAAUCUGCAGGAUUCAGGAGUGAAGCUGCUUUGCACUGGACUGGAAAAUAUGAAGUGUCAUUUGGAGAUACUGAGACUUUCAGACUGCAGUAUCACUGAAGAAGGUUAUAAAGCUCUGGCUUCAGCUCUGAGAUCAAACCCUUCACACCUGAUAGAGCUGGAUCUCACAGGAAAUGAUCCUGGACAAUCAGGAGUGAAGGAGCUCAGUGAUUUACUACAGGAUCCAAACUGUCAACUCAAGAUACUGAGGUUUUUGGGUCCUGCUGCAGAUGAAGCCUGUCAGUAUGUGACUGGAAUUGUGGGUAAAAACCUGUUACUCCUGAGAGAGCUGAAUCUGAGUGAACAUAAACUAGGAGACACACGAGUGAAUCAGAUCGCUGCUCUACUGCAGGAUAAACACUGUCAACUCAACACACUAAUGCUGCGUGAUUGUGGUCUAACAGAGGAAAGCUGUUCAGGUCUCGCUACAGUCCUGAGAUCAAACUCCAGUCUGAAAGAGCUUGACAUGAGCAACAAUAAUCUGCAAGAUUCAGGAGUGAAGAAACUCCAGACUGGAUUAGAAAAUACAAAAUGCACAUUGGAGAAACUCAGACUUUCAGACUGCAGUAUCACUGAAGAAGGUUAUAAAGCUCUGGCUUCAGCUCUGAGAUCAAACCCUUCACACCUGAUAGAGCUGGAUCUCACAGGAAAUGAUCCUGGACAAUCAGGAGUGAAGGAGCUCAAUGAUUUACUACAGGAUCCAAACUGUCAACUCAAGACACUGAGGUUUUUGGGUCCUGCUGCAGAUGAAGCCUGUCAGUAUGUGACUGGAAUUGUGGGUAAAAACCUGUUACUCCUGAGAGAACUGAAUCUGAUUGGACAUGAACUAGGAGACACACGAGUGAAUCAGAUCGCUGCUCUACUGCAGGAUAAACACUGUCAACUCAACACACUGAAGCUAAAUGAUUGUGGCUUAACAGACAAAAGCUGUUCAGCUCUGGCUACAGUUCUUGGAUCAGAUACCAGUCUGAAAGAGCUGAACAUGAGCAAUAAUAAUCUGCAGGAUUCAGGAGUGAAGCUUUGCCAUGGACUGGAAAAUAUGAAGUGUCAUUUGGAGAUACUGAGGCUAAAUGAUUGUGGCUUAACAGACAAAAGCUGUUCAGCUCUGGCUACAGUUCUUGGAUCAGAUACCAGUCUGAAAGAGCUGAACAUGAGCAAUAAUAAUCUGCAGGAUUCAGGAGUGAAGCUACUUUGCCAUGGACUGGAAAAUAUGAAGUGUCGUUUGGAGAUACUGAGACUUUCAGACUGCAGUAUCACUGAAGAAGGUUAUAAAGCUCUGGCUUCAGCUCUGAGAUCAAACCCUUCACACCUGAUAGAGCUGGAUCUCACAGGAAAUGAUCCUGGACAAUCAGGAGUGAAGGAGCUCAAUGAUUUACUACAGGAUCCAAACUGUCAACUCAAGACACUGAGGUUUUUGGGUCCUGCUGCAGAUGAAGCCUGUCAGUAUGUGACUGGAAUUGUGGGUAAAAACCCGUUACUCCUGAGAGAGCUGAAUCUGAGUGGACAUGAACUAGGAGACACACGAGUGAAUCAGAUCGCUGCUCUACUGCAGGAUAAACACUGUCAACUCAACUCACUGAAGUGAGUAUCUUACAUCAUU